AUGCCUCCGAGGAAGAAGAAAGUCAGCAGAAUACUGGGCCGAGUAUCCCCAGCCGAGUUAGGGCAUGAUCAGGACUUGCGAAAUGCAGUUCAGUUGUUGGCCAGACUGGUGGCUACUCAAACCCAGCGGCAGGCUGGCCUUCUGGAUAGGGCUGUCAGUUCUCGCGUACGUGACAUUCUUACUUUGUACCCUCCGAUUUUCAUGGGGACAAACCCGAAGGAAGACCCUCAGAACUUUGUGGAUCGAAUAGGCCACGCGUUGAGGGUGAUGCAUGCUUCUGAUACAGAAUCAGUAGAGUUGGCUUCUUAUAGACUUUGGGAUGUGACAGCAGAUGUAUUCCUCGAUGAAUUACUAGGUCUCCCUCCCGAAAGGGAAAUUGAAUCUGCUAUUAACGUGUAUCCAGUCACUCAACCCAUUUCUAUUCCCUCUUAUCGUAUGUCCCCUGCUGAAUUGCAAGAAUUAAAGGUGCAAUUUCAGGACUUGCUAGAUAAGGGCUUCGUUCGACCCGACACGUCUCGUGGGGGCAAGGAUUAUGAUGCAGAGAUUUUGCUUCACCCUGGCAAAGCUAAUGUUGUUGUUGAUGCUCUAAGUCGCAAGUCAAUGGGUAGCCUAUUGUAUGUGCCAGCAAAAAAGUUAAAAAUGACUAGAGAGCUUUAUCGCUUGGCAAAUUUGGGAGUUUGCCUGCUGGAUUCAGAAGACACUAAGAUUACCUUCCAGAAUAUAUCCCAAUCGACUCUUGCCUCGGAUGUAAAGGCUCCACAAAAUGAAGAUCCAAUUUUAGUUAGCAUCAAAAAGGGAGUGCAGAAAAAUCGAAUUUCAGCCUUUGAACUGGAUUCAAAUGGGAUUCUCAAAUAUCGAGGCCGUCUGUGCGUAAAGAUCGAACAUCAAAAACCCAGUGGCUUAUUACAAGAAAUGGAGAUUCCAGUGUGGAAGUGGGAAGUGAUUAAUAUGGAUUUUAUCACGGGAUUGCCCUGUUGUCAUCGCAAAUUUGAUUCUAUUUGGGUGAUCGUUGAUAGGUUAACUAAAUCAGCCUAUUUCUUGCCAGUAAGAACUACCCAUGCUGCUGAAGAUUAUGCUAAGUUGUAUCUUAAGGAGAUUGUGCGUCUUCCUGGCAUUCCGGUGGCUUAUGAAUUGGAGCUACCAUCAGAACUGCUAGCGGUUCAUCCAGUUUUUCAUGUGUCUAUGCUGAGGACCUGUAUUGGAGAUCCCUCCAGAAUCGUAUCUGUUGACGAUAUACAAGUUACAGAAAAUCUGACAUACGAGGAAGAACCAAUUGCUAUUCUCGACAGACAAGUCCGCAGACUCAGAAACAAAGACGUGGCUUCAGUGAAGGUUCUAUGGAGGAGUAAAGAUAGGGCAGAGAUGACAUGGGAAGCCGAAGCAUAA